CACCAACAUUUUACAUCAACAAAUCUUCUUCUCACUUAAACCCAAUCACAGAUCUCCUUCAAGCUUUCAUCAAUGGCGGGAACCGGUCAAACAUCUUCAAAAUCAGUCAACGCCAAUCGCUCCCGUAAGCGAGUCGAAGCAGAGACCGCUUCGGUUACGCUUAAACGAGCGAAGAACGGCAGUGCUUUCACUCGAUGUGAAGGAUGUAAUAAGAGUGUUGCUGUUGCGUUAAUUAGCAUGCAUGAUUGUGGUUUUGAGGCCAAAAUUAAAAUGAAUCUAGAGACAAUUUGUGUGGAGACACCUAAAGAAUCUGUUGCUAAAACACCUGUAGAGAGAAAGAAGUCAGUGAAAGCAAAAGAACCAUCUGCAAAGAAGUCAAAGAAAGAAAGGGAUCCAAGUAAACCUAAAAGGCCACCAACUGCAUUCUUUUUGUUCAUGGAGGACUUUAGGAAAACUUUUAAGGAAGCAAAUCCAGACAAUAAGAAAGUUGCAUUGGUUGCAAAGGAGGGUGGUGAAAAAUGGAAGUCAAUGACUGAAGAAGAAAAGAAAUCUUAUGUUGAAAGGGCCGCUGAACUUAAAGAGAAAUACCAAAAGGCAUUGGAGAAUCCAAAUGGUGCUGACAAUGAAGAUGAUAAGGCUGAAAAAGAGGCGAGCGAUGUAGAUGCUGAAGGUGACGGCGAGGCGUCUCCUGAGGCGGAAGCGGAAGUGGUGGCUGAUGAUGAAUAGAUUAGAUUAUGAUACUGGGUUAUCUUUUUUUGUUGAUCUUUGAUGUUAAUGGUUUAUGAUGUGGUGAUUUGAGUAGAAGAAAUCAACACGCAGUUUAUGUAGAGUGCAUUCACCUUUUUUUCA